CCGCCUCCUCUUGUUGGGACUCCUCUGCGAGCCAUCUUUUUGGUGCUCCAAGAGCUGCUUCUUACUUCCCAUACAGCACCUCUCUUCCAUCCGCAACCAUGCCUGGUGGAGGAGCUCUUCCCGUCACGGGCACCACCGACGUGAACCGCGUCGAGGCUCCCGUGACCGUGAGGGCCUACCUCAUCGUCGCCUUUGCCGCCUUUGGUGGCAUCUUCUUCGGCUAUGAUACGGGUUGGAUGGGCGGUGUCCUUGGUAUGGACUACUUCAAGAAGAUGUACACCGGCAAUGAGUACCCCGACGUCAAGUUUCCUGGCCUGCCCGCCGACUCCCAACAGAUCAAGGACUACCGCAAGGAACACUUUGUGGUUCCCCAGUGGCAACAAUCCUUGGUGACUUCCAUCCUUUCCGCUGGUACUUUCUUUGGAUCCAUCAUCGCUGGUGAUGUCGCCGACUUCAUUGGUCGCCGUGUGACUAUCAUUCUCGGAUGCAUGAUCUUCUGCGUCGGUGGCAUUCUCCAGGCUGCUUCUACCGGUCUCGGUGUCAUGGUGGCUGGUCGUCUGAUUGCUGGUUUCGGUGUCGGCUUCAUCUCCGCCAUUGUCAUCUUGUACAUGUCCGAGAUCGCACCACGCAAAGUCCGUGGCGCCGUUGUUGCCGGUUACCAAUUCUGCAUCACCAUUGGUAUUCUGCUCGCCAACUGCGUCGUCUAUUCCACCCAGAACCGCCGCGACAGUGGCUCCUACCGCAUCCCCAUCUGCAUCCAGUUCCUCUGGGCGCUUAUCCUCGGUAUCGGUCUUGCUCUGCUCCCCGAAUCUCCUCGUUUCUGGGUCAAGAAGGGCAAGCUCGACAAGGCCGCCCAGGCGCUGGCACGCGUCCGUGGUCAGCCCGUCGACUCGGACUACAUCCAGGACGAACUGGCCGAGAUCAUUGCCAACCACGAGUAUGAGAUGUCCAUCAUCCCGCAGACGAGCUAUCUCGGCUCGUGGAUGGCCUGCUUCGAGGGCAAGAUCACCAGCCCCUCGUCCAACGUGCGCCGCACCGUGCUGGGCAUCUUCAUGCAGAUGAUGCAGCAGCUCACGGGCAUCAACUUCAUCUUCUACUUCGGCACCGUCUUCUUCCAGCAGCUCGGCACCAUCUCGAACCCCUUCCUCAUUUCGCUCGUCACGACGCUCGUAAACGUGCUGACGACGCCCUUCUCCUUCGUCAUGGUCGAGAAGAUUGGCCGCCGCACCAUCCUCAUCUGGGGCGCCGCCGCCAUGGUCAUCAUGCAGUUCAUCGUCGCCAUCAUCGGCGCCACGGCCGGCAAGGACACGCCCGACCACCCGGCCAACCCGCACGCGACCAAGGCCAUGAUCGCCUUCAUCUGCCUCAACAUCGCCUCCUUCGCCACCACCUGGGGCCCCGCCGCGUGGAUCGUCAUCGGCGAGAUCUUCCCCCUGACCAUCCGCUCGCGCGGCGUCGGCCUGUCCACCGCCUCCAACUGGUUCUGGAACUGCAUCAUCGGCGUCAUCACGCCCUACCUCGUUGCCGACCAGCCGCACUCGGCCCGCCUGGGCUCCAACGUCUUCUUCAUGUGGGGCGGUCUCUGCUGCAUCUCCUUCCUCUUCGCCUACUUCUUCGUCCCUGAGACCAAGGGCCUCACCCUCGAACAGGUCGACAAGAUGUUGGAGGAGACGACGCCGCGCACCUCGCGCAAGUGGAAGCCGCACUCGACCUUCGCCGCCGAGAUGAACCUCGCGGACAAGCACAUCGAGGUGCCGAUUGAGCUUGAGAGCGCGGGCAAGAAGGAGACCACCACCACCACGACUACUGCAUAGAUGCGCUCUGUCGAGUGAGGAGUGCUCCGGCCAGUGGAGGUGUGGUGCGGUGGUAAUGU